AUGGAAAUGAAGGAGUUCCAUUCAGACACUCAGAACAAAUUCCUGACUUUGGGUGCAGGCGACAUGGAGGCUGCAGAGGCUCUUAUGUCCUUGAGUCAGCACUGGGAGACCAGGAGCAUUCAGAUCAGGGACGUCAGACCUCUGACUCCUUUCUCAGAUUGCUUGGAGGAUGACUUUGUCCCCAGUGGUGCUCUGCUACGGCACUCUCCUUUGUGUAUGACACCACCUUACAGUCCACCCAGCUUGGAAGUGACCAAAUCGCCUUCAGCACCAACCUCACAUCGACCCGCAGCAGCUGGAAACACAAUUCGCCACACAGCAGACGGCCUCCUCUGCUCCUGCAACAUCUAUCCUGUGCGCAAGGAACACACAGUCACUCAGAUUUACCCAAAAGUCUCCAGGGAUGACUUCAAUACUGAAAAGGGACUGAAAAGUGCCACACCACAGACACCUGUCACUGAGACUGAAGGCAGCCACGCCCUCGAGGGUGUGACAGGUUCAGAAAAUAAAUCAGAUGCAGUGUCUCCUGUCUUCUACUGCCAAAUUCUUCCCAUCUCACCUGUGGAUAACUUCACAGAUGUCAGCCAGCAGCCACAGCAGCACAAACUAACAAUGACAUCAGCAGGCACCACUGAGGACAAGCAGCAACAGGUUCAAACCAUCACCAGGUCUCCUACUCAAGUAAUCCUAGUUGGGUACCAGGUGGCCAAAGGCCCCAUGAUGCUCCUAUUCCCUCAAAGAGUCACUCCUCUUCUCCAUGUUCACUCUGCACCACUGCCCCCUGGUGGUAGCAGGUUACCAACCAUCGCUCCAGCACCUGAUGGUAAUCUGUUAAUGAAAAAUAACAACCAGCCAACAACAGAAGUGAUCCAUGUACGGAGCCAUGUGUGCUCCCACAAGGACUUCAGGAAGACUUAUUUCAAAAGGUCCCACCUCAAAGCGCACAUGAGGGUGCACACAGGUGAGAAGCCCUUCAGAUGUAGGUGGAAUGGCUGUGAGAGACGAUUCGCUCGCACCGAUGAACUCUCUCGACACCGGCUAACUCAUACAGGAGAGAAGUUUGCUUGUCCAGUGUGCCUCAGCCGUUUCAUGCGCAGCGACCACCUGGCCAAGCACAUUCGGCGCCACCUGAAAGUCAAGAGGAUGUGCUAUUGGGUGUCAGAGGUUGCCCAAACUCGCUGACCUCCUCGCUUUACUCAGCCUCCCUCCAAGGAGGACUGUAUGAUUUAAAGGAAAAACACAAGAGACGAAGGAAGAAACUGGAAUGUAAAGCUUCAGCUGAAAUCAGGUCAUAUUUCUGCACAGAUGCAGGGGUGCAGCCAGAAUUUUGAGGGGAGCUGCAGCCCACUGAGAUUUUAUAAUGUGCAUAUGCACAAAAUAAUGAGAAACAUUUCAUUUUGUAGAAAGGUAGAAAUAGGAUUUAACAGUAUUUGAGAAAAUUUAGUCAAUUAUCCUUCAAAUGACAAUCCUUACUGGUGUGAAUUUGGUUUAAGGCAGGGUGGGGUGGUUGGCAUUACACUGACUAUGCCCCUGGAAAUCAUUUGAUUAUAGAUGCACUUUAUUUUUGGUCUUUUAAUCAAGCACUUGUGCAGUGGCUCUACAUUAGUAGAGCAAUAGUUUAUCAGCUGUUGGUUUUUUAUUUAUUUUUUUUAACCAAAUUAGAGCAGCAGCCAUUCAAGGGGCGUAACUCCAGAAUAGACAAAAAUACCCAGUUUUAAAAUUUAUGGCUUUGACCCCUCCACAAAACAUUUUGUGUAAUCUAGAAGUCUGAAUUUUUCUUAGCGAUGCAUCUGGAAAGAAACAUAUUCACGUGUGGGGCACACGUUCCCCUGUAACUUUCUAUGUAAGAGUUUGGACGUACUCUAAAUGUUGCUUUUUUGGCCAAGUAUGGACUUAAAGCUUAUUGGUUGCUAAUUACUGUUAUACCAAAUCCAUGCACAUAUUUUGAUGGCAACACUGGGUUAUGUGCCAGGAAUUAAAUGCAAUUCAUGAUGCAAACAUUAAGCACAUGGUGAUUGAUGCAGUAGUCUGUAAGCAGCCAAGAAACAUUGUUCCAAAUAUUAGAUGCCAAAAUAAAUAAGUAGUAAUAAAAAAGUCAGGCAGCACGGUGGACUAGUGGUUAGCACUGUUGCAUCACAGCAAGACAGUCAUGGGUUCAAUUCCCACCUGUGGCCUUUCUGUGUGGAGUUUGCGUGUUCGUGUGGGUUCCAGCUUCCUCCCACACCCAA